AUGACGGACAGGAUCAUAUGUUAUGCUCAGAAACGGAAUCUUCAAGUACGCAUAAUUCGACUUUCACGACGAAUGUAUGUAGAACCUAUAUCUCUUUCCAAAGCUCUUGCACACGUUAAUAGUGAUGACUGGGAGAUUGCAAUGAAAGGAAUGACAGAAAUCGUGGAACUGUCUCGUCAUUUGGAGUUCGAGGUUCUUGAGCAGGAGAUGUCGGCUGUUAACAGGAAGAUAAUUCAGAUGUUGAGGUCUCCUAGAUCCCAGGCUUGUCGAGUUGCUUGUGAAGUAUCUGGAGAGCUAUUCGUCACCAUGAAAUUAACAAAACGGCCGGUUUGUUCAUAG